AUGUUCAAGAAGUUUGACCCGUCCUCUGAUGUUUCGACAUCUACGCAAGUCAAAGCAUCAGUUCAAAGAGCUUUGAAAUCGCAAAUAAUUGAAUCGCAUCCUGAAAUCACGGAAGACAUCCUUGACGAAUUGAUUCCAAAGAAGUCACCCCUGGUACAGUUCAAGGUUGGCCCUCAUUUGAUGCUUUACUGUCGUAAAGUGGAAAAAGAAGGUAGCAGUCCCUCUGAUGAACCCAUUUUCUUCCAACAACGAGAUGGUCCCAUAUUGCCCGCUCUCAAAUUGGUGCACCACUAUCCAACCCUCUCCUUCAAGAGAGUGACGGUCGACAAAGGAGCGAUCCCAUAUCUGUUGGGAGGUGCCAACGUCAUGUGCCCAGGCCUGACGAACCCAGGUGGAGAAAUGCCCCCAGAUGGUAAAGAGCAAGAUGCUCAAGGGUUUGAUGUCGCUCCUGCUGUUCGGGGGACGCUAAACUCGACGUAG